AUGGCCACAGCUGCUUUCCACCAGAAACACCCAACGGCCUCGGGCAUGCCGCCCGCGCAAUCCGACAUCCUUGCCGUGUGCACACUCGCUUCUCUCAUUGCCCAGCGGUCUGCCGCCAUCGUUGGCGCCUCUGUGUCUGCGCUGUGGGCCCUCAAGGCCGAGACGGAGCAGGAGUACAUCCAUGCGCUGUCCACUGCAUCGCCUACAGCUGUCCGGGCACAGCACAGCAAGAAUGCACAGGCCGAGCUCUCCAUUAUGCACGCCCGCACCGUUGUCGCCUUCAACGGCUCCGUCAUCGAGCGCUACCCGCACUACCUGGAGCAGUGCCAGGCCGUGAUCAACUCGCUAGCAGCUUCCUCCGCAGCUUCCAUUGACUUGGUCCCUGCUGAGGAGAGCUCGCUGCUGGGUGCUGCCGUGUCGCUGGCUUGCCUGGGAGCAUGA